AUGAAGACCCAAGAAUCGGCCACAAGUGCCACCGUCAGGCGCUCCAUCAUAUACUUGAUGUGUGCAUUCAUCGUCUCAUGUGGUCUUCCCAUGUUCUUGUAUACGACCCUGAUUUACCGGGCCGAAUUGCCAGCAGACGAGGUGAACUCCAGACUCAUGGACUUCAGAGAUGCUAUCUCGUUCGAGGUGCCUGUUUACGUAGAUAUACCGACAGCAGACGACGAGUCGCUUUUGGCUUGUGAGAAAGCGGCCAAAUCGCUCAUUGAACAUGACUACGCCUUGAAGAACACUUGGAAAUUACUGUUGAAAAAGGCUGAAUCCCACACGAUCAACCCAAACGAACACUACGUGGUCGUUUUGAAAUCUGGCGACAACGACGAUUUCGAGGUGUCUUCUACAUCCAAACUAAUCACCUUGAUCUCGCCACGCACAGAUUUCUCUCUGAUGACAUACCUUUUGGCCGGAGCAUUGGUCAAGGGUGUGUUUUCGGAAGAACUUGGAGUAAUGGAGUCUAUUUUCUACGGAAUCAAAGACCUUGAUCUUGUAAUGCCAUAUUCGAGCACAUACAACGUUGUUUUCAAUCUUUUCGUCGAGAACGGUAAGCCUGUGAAUUGGGAGAUCGAGAAGGCUCUCAUGAAGAUCCAGCCAGUAUUUGAUUCGCUCCAACACUACAGCAACUUUAAGAUCAGUACCCAGGUACAAUACUACUCGAAGUUGAGAACGGAACCCGUGUUUGAUGAGCUGAGAAAUGUCAACAUCAUAAAAAAGAAUGACUUGUCGACUUUCAUCAACUUUGGUGACUGGAACUUGAACAACAACGACAUACACCCAUCCAUCAACUUUCUCAUAUACUUCUCAGAGAGCAAUUACAAGAAGGUGCCUUUGGAGAUCGAGGAUUCGACCACGAACUCCUUCUUGAUUCCGCAAUGGGGAGGUGUGCAAAUAUUCAACAAGAAGAUGCCUAUUUUGGAUGGCUCUGUUGUGACCAUCUCUGAAUUGGAAUUGGAAAAUGUCCUAGCUACGUUUGCAUCGCAAUUAUUCGACUUGUUAGGAGUUCCCAAAACCCCAAAGUCGCCUUCCAUCAGAAUUGAUAGCUUGCACAGAGUAAGAACUCUCAAGAAUUUGAAGACUACUUUGGACAACUUGGCUUCGUUGAUUAAACUAACUGACUCACUCAAUGAGAUUUCUAUUCCUGAGUCCACAAAGGCCCAUUUCAUGGAGUCUGUGUCUCUUUACGAUCAAGCUUUGGAAGCAAUCAAGAAGUCUGAUUUCUCUAGCGCAAUUGAGUAUUCCUCGGAAAGUUUGACUAGCUCAAACAAGGCUUUCUUUGAAAAAGAAAUGGUCCAGCAGGCAUACUUUCCAAGCGAACACAAGCUUGCUGUGUUCCUGCCCUUGUUGGGCCCGCUCUGUACAAUUACAAUUCUUGGUCUCAUCAAGUCUUUGAAAGACAAGAAGAGCAAACAAAAUGAGAAGAAGGAUGUCGAGCUGAAGAAGGAUAUCUAA